GUGAGUCUCGUAUGCUAUAACCCACGACUAGUUGGGGUUGUAUCUUUUAUAUCUAUUUUGUUUACGAGACGGUCGAAAUUGGACGAGGCUAGCCUCACUUCCCAUGGUCCUUUUGUCUUCUGAUCACUUCCACUGAUCAGUGGUGUUGCUGUAUGAAGGCGAGGGUGGCUGCUGCAGAACGAAUGUUUGAUAGAAAGGCGGUGAUUGCAUGUAAUGCGACGAAGAGUUGAUGAUGGUCAGUGCGCAUGCUGACGCCUGGUGGAUGAUUGGUUUCUACCAAGUCUUGUUGUUCAGAUUACGGAUCUGGGCUCCGAAUGCUUGCACUUGCACCCAUGUACUCACAAUAAUUGGAUAUAGUGAAUGACAGGAAGUACCUGUAACUUUGCGGAAUCCGGAGGGCGCGUGUUCUCAUCCGGAGACCGGUUCUGCUGAAUCACAAAGGUCAGACGGUGUAGCUGCUGUGGUGAUCAGGCGUCUGUUUGAGCUGAAUCUGUAACAUAGCCUCUCUCUGCCGUUGCAUACCUGGGGUAGAGGUUGAAUUGCUACCGCUGAAAGUACAGGACUUGACAGCGAGCUGCAUCAAUACAGCAGGUGUCUGCUUGAUUAACAAGAACUUGGCAUCGAGCUGUGCCCACAUACAGCGGUCGUCUUCGUUUGGCUGUUCUGCUUAUCGGAGGAGGGUAGCGGCGGCAAAACCACAAUGGGGGAGUGUGGGGAAGAGUAUGGAUACGGGGCGAAUCUGGAUCUGGGUGACAUUAUGGGUGAUGGGGAGGGAUUGCAUGAUGAAGAUGUUAGUGAUGAAGAUAUCGACAUCGAUGAAUUGGAGAGAAAGAUGUGGCGUGAUCGACUGAAGCUGCGGCAAAUCAAGGAACUGCAGAAAGCCAGGGAGCUCCAAGACAAGCCACGACAGAAACAGUCGCAGGAGCAAGCGCGGCGGAAAAAAAUGUCUCGUGCACAUGAUGGAAUCCUCAAGUACAUGCUGAAAAUGAUGGAAGUCUGUAAAGCACAGGGAUUUGUCUACGGAAUCAUCCCAGAGAAAGGAAAGCCAGUGGGUGGCAGCUCUGAAAACCUACGGGCGUGGUGGAAAGACAAAGUGCGGUUCGACCGCAAUGGCCCACUUGCUGCUGCAAAGUAUACAGCUGAGCAUGCCCAGAAAAAGAUCGAGGGCACAGAAUCUUCAACGACCGCCUUGCACUCUUUACAGGAACUGCAAGAUACUACUCUGGGAUCACUACUGUCUGCGUUGAUGCAGCAUUGUGACCCAAAACAGAGACGUUUUCCUCUCGAGAAGGGUGUUGCACCCCCUUGGUGGCCAACUGGUGACGAGGAUUGGUGGCCGCAGAUCGGCUUGCCCAAGGGCCAAGGUCCUCUUCCUUAUAAGAAGCCACAUGAUCUCAAGAAAGCAUGGAAAGUUGGAGUUCUGAUGGCAGUAAUCAAGCACAUGUCGCCAGACAUAUCCAAGAUCAGGAAGCUGGUAAGGCAGUCAAAGUGUCUGCAAGAUAAGAUGACAGCACGAGAGAGUGCCACAUGGCUUGGAGUCCUCCAGCAAGAGGAGGGGCUCGCACGCCGCCUGAUGAGCGGCGAUGCGUCGAAAGGCGAUAUGAUUGAGGAUGGCGACGGUCCGCCAGGCCAACCCAAACCAGCAUUACCGGCACCGCCACCAACGCUGAACACGGGGAUUCUGACAGUAACUGCGGUACGGGCGCCGAGUGCCAGAGACGGGACACUUGCUGCAGGGACCUCAGGAGGCGACUAUGAUGUCGAGGGGUUCGCUCAUAUGCUGCCUCCCAGACAGAUCACGAUGGGAAGUGGAGACAAGGGUGACCUGGAGCAGCAAGAGGGGGGCACUUAUGGCUCUGGUGGUGGCAAUAUAGGAGAAAGGGAAAAUGCUGGUGCAAUAAUCACCGCACCCUCGGCAGAGGAGCCUCAUCAGGUUGACAGUAGCAUGCCAAAUAGUGGAAGUGGAAGUGGAAGUGGUGGUGAAGCUGGGGUUGGAGGAGGAGGUGGCGGUGGAGUUGGUAAUGGGGGUGGCGCUGGAGCCGAAGGUGGAGGGGGCAGUAGCGGUAACGGCAACAGUUCUGGGAAUGCGCCGCCGGAAGAAAUAGUGAGACCGGGCAACACAGGAGGUGUGGGCAUGAGUGAGAUGCUAAUGGCUGCCAGGGACAGCGAGGACGUCAAUGAGCAAGGAGGGUCUGUGAAAAGGCGGCGAGGUCCCGGUGGAGAGCCGAUGCCUCCAGAGCGGCAGGUGCUUGCAUGCCCCUACAAGCAAUGUCCACAUCAUGAAUGGACAAAUGCAUAUACAACAGGCGAAAUGUGGAAGAUGCACGUUUCGUCUUGUCCGUACAAGCCACUUGAUGGGGGCAUUAUUGCUGGUGCGCAAAGCGUGAUGACCGACCCCAUAAGUGUGCAUUCCCAACCGCCCCCUAUUAGUCAGAUGGGCCGGAUGAGCCAUGCAGUGCAGCAGGGAGCUAUGGGUGGUUCUGGGGGUGAGGGUAUGUUCUCGAAGAGUCUGUCGGAGCUGGGUCCGCGCAUGCAGAGGCAGCAACAGUCGAUGGGUUUUAACCUUGACAGGGACAUGCAGCUGGGACUGCAAGUUCCUACACCGGUGAUCGGACAUCCGGUGCCGAUACCCAAUGGUAACCGAAGUGGCAACCGAGAGAUGAGUGGGUCGGCGAGCGCGCAUCGGCCAACGGUAGCGCCAGCAACGGAGGUGGGACGGGCUCAUCAACCUUCAGGAGGGCCACCAACCCGUCACCUGCACGAUAUGUUUGCAGGCCUUUGUGGAGAGGGUGGGACUAGCAGCCAUGGAGUAGUACAGUCCAGUAGUCAUGGGAUGGGACCGUCCGGUACCCAUGGUGUCACACAGCCUGGGAACCACGGUGUAGUUCCAUCUGGCUCUCUGCAGCCUGGAAGUCAUGGGCCUGUUUCAUUGGAUGUGGAAGGUGGGGUUGGAGUCCAGAACCAGCACCAUCAGCACCAGAGGCAUCCACAACAUCACCACGGCGGCAGCAACAACAAUAACAACAACAACAGCGGUAGCAUGAGCAAUGACGUGCGCUCAGGGAUGGGUGGAGGAGGAGGAGGGGGAGGGGGAGGUGGACCAAGCAUGGUUGGGAUGAACUCCCCUAGGCAGACCCAAGGGCAAGGUCAUGGCCAGGAUCAGGGACAUGUGCAGGGUCGCAUGGACGGGGAUAGAUCGGUAGGUCGGAAGGUUGGCAUGGAGCAAUGGGGAGGAGGGAAUCAAUACAACAUGUGGAUGAAGCGUGAAUCGUGGAAGAUGAGACCUGGUGCUAGUUCCGGACCAGGAACCGGAUCCGGCAUGGACUUCAUGCUCGAAUCAUCGUACCCCUUGGGUGAGCAACAAAGGCAGUGGCUGGACCAUCAGUAGAUUCUAAAUUCAUCUCCAAUGUGCUUUGUGUAACUCAUGAUGACGAUCACACGAAUCAAUUCUCAAAGUGCGGUUUGUGAUUCUGCCAGAACAGGAUCAUGAGCGGACAAAUGUUUGGGUGACAACGAACUGAAGCAGGGGACUGCCAGGAGAACACCCAAAGUGGCCGCGUUAGAAAAUGGCACGCCAUUGUGCUUAGGUGGAUCUUGAUGGAUUGUGAAGCUCCUGCUGACUCCGGUUUAGCAUGAGUGUGCUGAUCUACGCACGUGGACACUGGAUAUCUGGCAAAAAGCAGUGGAUCUUUUUGAUUGAUGAUCUCAUUCCUAGCAACCCAAGGCCCAAUAGAGUCUUUAAGCAGGAAGUAUGACAAAAGACUGGGCGGAGGCCAUAGCGCCAGGGAUGUAUUGCUAAUGGCCUGGGAUGUGUGUGGUCAUUACUGUCAAAGACCCGGUGCAGUCUAUAAGUCUGAGGCAGAUUCUGAAGCAGCUAACUGUGACAGAGCUAAAGGCUGUGCUAUGGACCAGGCCUACAUGGCUAGAUCUGUGGCACAAGGCCUCUCUUCAAAAAAAGGCGAUGCUGACGCAGUGAAAGCUAUACGAUGAGUGAUGGCUGAAGCCCGUGGUGCGGACUUUGGACGGGUGUUGUGGCUCUACACCUGUACCACAGAAACUGCAAAGGGGGGGGGGGCGUAUCAGUGAACUGUUGUGCUGUGCUCCUAUGGUUAUAAAUCGCAUGGUGGAUUCGGAACAGAAAGGUUCUGGCGUGGCGGCAUUGCUGUGUGCAUCUCUCCUGUGAAGUGGUUUCUUUGCGAUCCGCUCGGAGACGGAACAACGAACAGAGCAACGACGACUGCUGCCUCGGGAUUGACUUGGCCGCCAGGAGUCGUUUUUUUAUCAGCCUACCAGAGGACUGAGCGGCUGUACUCUGCCACCGGACAGGUUGGAGCUGUGUUCGCUUGUGGGGUUUACUGUUGAAGCCUUCAGUGUGCGGUUGCAAUUCUCUGAGCCCGAGGACUUGUCUGUCCGUCUGUUGUCUGUCUGGCUGAGUUGCCUCUGUUUGUCUGUCUGCGUGUUGGUAUGCUUGCCUGCCCACCUGCGUGUUUUUGUUUAUGUUUAUUUCUGUGUGUAUAUGCGCUUGUGUGGCCGUGCAUCUGUCUGCAUUCCCAAAGAGUAAAAGGAUGUGUGAUGCACCGUGCCUGGGCUUCUGUAUGUAAAUCUCCAUGGCGGAAGAGCGAUUGUGGAAGGCCAACGUUGUUGAAGCUAGUUGGGGUGAUGUAGUCUCUAACAAGCAGUGCUGGUCUGUGACACGCUCUUCCAGCCUUUACCGUCUGCGUGCAGCCUUCAGCUGAUGAUGUGCUGUCUGUUGAUUGUUGUUGUUAUUUGUCGUCCAAACUGUUUAUGACCCACCUUAGCACCCUUCGUGAUGCCAUGCGACGGCAGCACUUGGCCUGGUUGGCCUGCUUGAGAUGGAUGUGUACCUGUCAAUGUGACGUAUAGACAGAAAUACGACGGCAUCAUGAUGUUUGGUUUGCUCACUUUGUGCUCUUGGUCUGUCUGUACCCCUUAGACUUAUAUUAUAUGUACUGUUCUGUGGAUAUUAUGGGAUUGCAAAU